AUGUUGCAGCGAAGAGAUCGAGCGCUCCGGGAGCUCACCAGCGACGAAGCGCGCGCGCGUGCAGAGCAGCAUGUGUCUCGACUCGUCGCCGAACUUGAGCUGGAACGCGACCUGUCGCGGACGAUCCUGCACUGUGACAUGGAUAUGUUUUAUGCAGCUGUGGAGCUCCAGCGGCGGCCUGAACUUGCUGGCGCAUGCUUUGCCGUUGGACAUGGCGUUUUGUUGACGGCUAGCUAUGAAGCACGCCAGUUCGGCGUGCGAUCGGCCAUGGCUGAAUUCGUCGCUCGAGCCAUCUGCCCUAAUCUUAUUGUUGUGCCAGCGCAUAUGGAUGUGUACAAGCGAAGCAGUGAGGCCGUCAUGGCUGUGCUUGCCAAGUACGACGCGCAGCUGUAUCAGCGCAGCCUCGACGAGGCCUAUUUGGACAUCACGUCCUACUGUGCCGAACAUGGGCAUGCACAUCCCCGCGACGUCGCGGCACAGCUGCGAGCUGAUGUUCUUGCAGCGACCGGCUUGACUGUAAGUGUGGGCAUUGCGCCUAACCGGUUGCUAGCGAAGAUCGCGAGUGAUCGAUGCAAACCAAAUGGCCUAUGGUACGUGGCACCGACGCGUCAGGAUGCCUUGGCUUUUAUGCACGACCUGAGUGUGCGGAAAGUGCCGGGCAUCGGUCAAGUGAUGGAGCGCAUGCUGCAAGCCAUGUCGAUCCACACAUGCCAUGAUCUAUGGGAGCGGCGUAUUGAGCUCAGUCUGUGCAUAGACUCGUACCGUAUGCUCCUGGCAUCGGCACUUGGCAUUGGCGAUGCACAUGUGACACUCCCCGCUCGCACCGCGCGCCGCUCCGUGGGCCGCGAACUGACAUUUGCACCGACAUCGGACCCGACGCACCUGCAUGCGAAGCUGCGUGCGACUUGCGAGCAGCUUGAGCGAGAUCUUGCCACUCUCGAGUACCGUGGCCGCACCGUGUCGUUGGUUGGUAAGCAUGACACCUUUGAGCGAUUUACUCGCGCACGUGCAUGUCCGCAGGGCGUGUCGUCUUUUGACGAUCUGUACGGGGUCGUGCACGCGUUGCUCGAGCAAGAGCGAGCGUCGUUCCCCGUGCCGCUGUGCCUGCGUCUUAUUGGUGUACGAGUGUCUUCACUCAUUGACUUGCAAGUGGCUCGAAAUGGCGUGCUGGCACAAUGGCUCCGUAUGCCCGCUGCAGCUCGGGAAGCGGCAUCACUCGAACCAGCGGACGCUGCGUCAUCGCCAACGCGCUCAUCAUCAACGUCUCUCCCUCUGGUCAAGGUGCCGACGUCUGCAUCAACAUCGACGCUGCCGCCGACGCCAUGCAUUCCCGCCAUUGUUCGUUGUCCCGUCUGUGGAUGCAAAGUCAAUUUGCGCGGCCAGCCAAGGCACGCACGCAUCAACGAGCACAUUGAUGCCUGUCUGCAGCAGGGACAGGCGCAGCAGCAACCAUUGUCGCCCGUACAACCAAGCCCACAACCACGCCCACGCCCACGCCCACGCGCACGACAACCGUCACGACGUCGACGUCCCUCGCCAGCUUCAAUGACGCUAGAUGCGUACUUUGGCCGGACCUAG